GCUGACCAGAUAUCCCAACCCAAUCUAGUCCCACCUGCCAGCACCCCGCCCAUAUCCCUCCAAACCCUUCCUAUUCAUAUACCCAUCCAAAUGCCUCUUAAAUGCUGCCAUUGUACCAGCCUCCACCACUUCCUCUGGCGGCUCAUUCCAUACACGUACCACCCUCUGCGUGAAAAAGUUGCCCCUUAUGUCUCUUUUAUAUCUUUCCCCUCUCACCCUAAAUCUAUGCUCUUUAGUUCUGGACUCCCGAUCCCAGGGAAAAGACUUUGUCUAUUUAUCCCAUCCAUGCCUCUCAUGAUUUUAUAAACCUCUAUAAGGUCACCCCUCAGCCUGCAAUGCUCCAGGGAAAACAGCCCCACCUCUUCCCCACCCAACCCCAAUCUCAGGCCCACCCUAAAAGUGUUUCUCCUUCCCAGGUUCUCAGUAAAAAAGCCAACAAGACUCGGCCAGCAGCAAUUAAACGGAACACCCGAGCACCAAUGCAUGACCUGAACUCCCUUGAAGAGCUUGUCCAAGCAGAGACGGAGGAGGAGAACCUACUCGAUUCAUACACCACACCAGCUAAGGCAGGUACACACAAGCGGGUGCUGACCACUCCAGAGCAGCCACAGUCAAAGAAGGUGUCGAUGACCCGCAGCCCACGGCUCCUCUUCUCUCCAGCUUCCUUCUCUCCAAGCCCGAACCCAUCUCUGAAGUACAGUUCCAGAGCUAACCGAGGUGAAGUUGUUGUCUCGUUUGGUACGGCGCAGGGAGCCACGUGGCAAGGCAUGGGAGGCAGGAGUGCCACUGUUCAGCUGCUCCUCAUGCCUGAGGACUCGAUCGUCAAACGCUUCAAGUACAUGUUCCAGAAGCUGCGUGACAUCCGCGAUGUUCUCAAUGACAGGAUAGAAGAUCUGAGUCAGGUUUUGACAGAGCACUACAACAUCGAGGCUAUCCGAUCAGUGGCUAUGCCUGUUCAGGAAUCAGUAACGUUCCUGGGGCAGAUCGCGUGCGACAGCAAUGGCAAACUCAAUGCAAAGUCAGUGAUUUUGCAGGGAGACCUGAAACAUUCAGCAGGAAUGCAAGUGCCAGUAGAUCUGUCAGAGCUGAAGGAGUUCUCUCUCUUUCCUGGCCAGGUGGUGGCUCUGGAGGGAACAAACAGCACCAGCCGGUGCAUCGUGGCUUUCCGGCUCUACGAGGGUGUGCCCCUGCCUUUCUACAAACCAGAGGAGGUACUGGAAGGUUUGGAACAGCAGAUGGUUCUUGUGGCCUGUGGCCCCUUCACCACCUCGGACAGCAUCACCUAUGACCCGAUGCUGGAUCUGAUCGAUGUCAUCAAUAGGGACCGACCAGAUGUCUGCAUACUGCUGGGGCCGUUUGUGGAUGUCAGGCACCAGCAGAUAGAGAGUUGUCAGCUGACAGUGACCUACCAAGAGGUUUUUAAACAGUGCAUGAAAGGAAUUGUGGAAGGAACGAGGGGCUCAGGGUCUCAUCUUGUGAUCGUGCCGUCACUGAGGGAUGCUCACCAUGAUUUUGUGUAUCCUCAGGCGCCCUUCCACUGCUUUGAGCCGUCUAAGGAAGACAAGGAGCGGGUCCAUUUUGUUUCUGAUCCUUGCACAUUGAACAUCAACGAGGUGGUCUUUGCUGUGACUUCAACUGACGUUCUCUUUCAUAUGGGAGCAGAGGAGAUUAACAGCGUGUGUAGCUCUGUCGGUUAUCCCGGGGGUUCUAGGUACCCAGCCCCAGUGGUAUUACUGCCUUUCCCAGGGGAGUUUGGAGCAUACAACCGUUUUUGCAACGUGGCUGGUUUGAAGUAG